AUGAAUCCAGCUGUUACAAACAUCGCCAUCAUGCUUAUUGGUAUGCAAGUUGCCAAGAAAUUGGACUUUGAAAACCCGGAUGUGCUCUUCUACACCAGGGCAUUUUACGCUGCGUGUCAGGUUUUGACAUUUUUGAUUUAUAUGGUGAUUAGGUUUAAGAUCGAGCAGAAGAACGACCUCACCACUAUCAAGUACGUCGAGCCAGCCAACCCCAUGUCUGGAGCCGAGGCUAGAGCCGUGGUCACCACCGUCAAGGAGUACGAUUUGCAAAACGUCAAUGGUCUCAUCAAGGGUAUCUUUACCGGUUUGGCAAUGAUGGGCUUCAUGCACCUUUACAUGGGCUACACCAACCCCUUGGUUAUGCAGAGUGUUUCCAGCUUGAAGAGUGCUUUGGAGUCCAACAUGGCCAAGAUCCACUUGUAUGGCACCCCAGCCACCGGCGACUUGAAGAGACCUUUCAAAGCAGCUCCUGGCUUGAUGGAGAUGUUGUCUGGUGCAGCUGGCGGCGUGCAAACUGACAAGGCAUCCGUCGAUAGUGCUGAAGUUAGUGGAGCCGGUGGUAUCAAGCAAGAUUAG